AGACGUUAAGACUGCGUGAUUGCACAUGAUCAGAGAACAAAAAAAUGUCGAAAGAAUGAUCUCGUCGAUCGUAUUAUGUUGGGUAAUUUGGAUAUUCUUGGGCAAAAUUGUUGUUGCAGAGAACGACGUCUUUCUGGCUCCUCCUACCAUUGACCCACUAUCGAAUAAAGAAACAUUAGCACCACAUUCGAACUUCUCCAUUCGUUGUGUUGCGGAGUACCCAAUAACCUGGCAACCAUUUCAGGUUAGAAAGUGCAUUCCGAUCCCGAAUAUCUCGUCUGCGGUAAUUAUGUUUGUUUGCUAUUUUCAGGGCUUUGACGGAAGAUACGAUGUUGAUCACAUUGAAGAAAAGGAUUACUAUUACAAAGGUCCCUUUUCUUACGAUCGUCGAUACAUUAGUACGAUCCAUUUGACUAACGUAUCACAUCAUUUUGUGGGUUAUUUCUAUUGCGUGGCAAACAGUACACAAGGAAAUUACAACUAUUCGUGGAGUUUUGACAUUGAACGUGACCGUUACGAAGGAGCUAGUGGCCUAACACAAAUCUACAUAUUUGUUAAUGACACUCAACAUUUGUUGGCACCUUCUGGAUUGCACAACGGAAAAGCUCUCCGUCAACGUUACCAAUCGAUAGCCAUUUCCAUUGAUGACGAUUUCUUGCAUCAUAUACCAUGUAAACCAACGUCAGAAAACGUCAAAGUAAAUCUACUUGAAGACGGCAAAAAGUUGCCUAUUGAGCGCCCAAUUUACUACCGAAAGGAAAUAGGAUUCUGGAUUGAGUUUACUUCGGCUGAAGAAAUUUACGGCAGAACGUUUGCUUGUGUGCCAGACUCACGCAACGAUUUGCAAAUACUUUUCCCCAUCCGAUACCACCCACCCAAGAUAGAAUCAGCCACUGGACUGUUUGGAACCAGAGGGGAACAGCUGAAAUUGAAUUGUUCGAUUGUAGUUCGAACCGGUGAAAAAGUGGUCAUCGAGUGGAAAUUACCGAAUGCUUCGUUAAAGGAGACGCGAGUUGUUCAAUCGGAACUAACAAUACAAAAUCAUCCAACAAGACGGUCUCUGCAAAUAGCAACGAGUGCAAUUUUAAUCGGAAAUGUUGACAAAGUCAUGGACGAAGGAGUUUAUGAAUGCGAAGCUAUUGACGAACUUCGAAGCAAAAGUGUCGACCGAAUCUUUAUUGAAAUUUUGGAAAAAGAUGACGACGCUCUCGACAUUCAAGCGAUGGAUGGAAUUUACGGAAUCGAAAUCAAAAGUGGGCAAGUGGCAAUAUGGAAAGUGAAAUAUAAAGGGCGUCCAAAGCCAACGAUUGAUUGGUAUAAUCCAAUGGGGAAUAUAAUACUUCCAGAUGAUAAAGAUGAAAAUUAUGAGGUGAAGGUCACAGAAGACUUUACUGUUUUGAAAAUAUGGAUGGCUAAGCUAGACGAUUCUGGCUCCUACACACUGAAAGCUUCUAAUGGAGUUAGUUCAAUGGAGAAAAAAUUCGAACUGCGCGUAAAAGGCGUUCCAACUGUUGAGGUUCGAAGUGUUGCGUUACGGAUCAACGAAUCAAGAAAAAUUGCUUGUGUUUGUACAGGAUAUCCUCCGUCGACCAUAACGUGGAUGUUUGCACGAUGCUGGGUCAGUGAAUUGUUUGAUUGCGACGCAAACUAUCGUUACAUUGAGGCACAAUAUGUUAAUACAACGUCAGAGUCAACUCAAACAUCUGUCGUAGUGCUAAACGCUACACACUAUGGAAAACUUAAAUGCAUCGCAAUUAACUCUGAAGGAAUAGCGAGUGCUGACACGGAUUUGCAUGUCACAGAUAUUGAAAACAGCUUUUUCGACGUUUGGAGAUUGAACAGCGAAACGGAAAUCGUUGCCGGUGAUAAUGUGACAAUUUUUUGUGAAGUUUACGUCUUAUCCGAAAUAGUUUGGUUUCUUAACGAUCGAACCGUUCAAUCGAGUGACGAUAUGAAAGUUCAGAGCUUUGCUUUGUCGAUGAAGAAAAGUAUUACUUGGCAGGCCAUCAAAACCAGCCAUUCGGGUACAUACGAAUGUCAUAUGAUCAAUCAAGAAUCUUCGAUAAUUAAAAAGUUGAUCAUAAAAGUCUAUGAACCACAAAAACCGGAAGUGGACAAUACAGUACCAGCAAAAGAUGUGAUGGAAGUGGAAUUGAACCAACCGACUCGAUUGGCUUGUAACAUUAUCGGCCAUCCGCGUCCCAACAUUCGGUGGUACAAAAAUGAAGAAUUGAUGAGCAUCGGCACCAAGUACAGACUCUCUGACGAUAUGAAAACGUUGAACAUUUACAAAACAGACCUCAGUGAUGGCGGCAACUACAAGUGCAUUGGGACGAAUCGUUUCGGAUCGGUUCAGCAAAUAGUCAACUUGACAGUCAAAAACGGGUUAUCAAACGUCGCUGGGAUAAUUGGAGCAACUGUACUGACGACGCUUGCGUUUAUGAUUGUGUUAGUUUAUGCGGUUCUGCGAAACCGAAAAUUACGGCAAGAAUUGGACGCAUGUAAAUAUUCCAAUCUUGAUGGAAACCCAGAUGCCAUAAACCUAGACUUGCCAUUACACGAUCAAGUUGAUUUUCUGCCGUAUGACAAACAGUACGAGUUUCCAAAGCAAAACCUAAAGUUGGGAAAGAUGUUAGGAUGUGGCGCAUACGGUGUUGUGUUUCAAGGACUGGCCAUUGGCAUAUUACCGACGGAAGAUGAAACUGUGGUCGCUGUGAAAAAGCUAAAACAAACAGCCGGAAAGGAGGAAAUCGUUGCGUUGGUGACUGAACUGAAGAUAAUGGUUCACAUGGGACGACAUUUGAAUGUUGUCAAUUUACUGGGCGCCGUCACCAAGAAUAUUGCGAAGCGCGAACUGAUGCUCAUUGUGGAAUUUUGUCUGUUCGGAAAUUUGCAAAAUUUUUUGUCCGAAAAUCGAAAUUUGUUCGUGGAUCAAGUGAACAUCCAGAAAGAUUCCAUCGAACAGAGCAACUUAAAAUACAUAAGACCGUGUUUCAGUCACAACCAAAGUGAUGGAACGUAUCAAGAAAAUGUCAAAAUUACACAAGAAACAAAUGUAGAUACAGAUGUCGCUGCAUCGGUGAAUUCAAUCACGACGACAGAUCUAGUCUGUUGGCUGUUCCAAAUUGCAAGGGGAAUGGAAUAUUUGUCAUCGAGAAAAGUGCUUCACGGUGACUUGGCCGCUCGUAAUGUUCUGUUGUGUGAUGGUAACGUAGUUAAGAUAUGCGAUUUUGGUUUGGCAAGGUCAAUGUACAAAUAUUGUAAUUACGUGAAGCAGGGACAGACACCUCUCCCGUUUAAGUGGCUUGCUAUUGAAUCCAUUCGUGACCAGAUAUUCAGCACAUCUACCGAUGUCUGGUCAUUCGGUGUUCUCAUGUGGGAGCUGUUUACUUUAGGUCAAACACCAUAUCCCGGCAUGAGCGCAGAUCACGAUUUAUUUGUUAAACUAACAGACGGUUAUCGUAUGGAUAAACCAGAGUAUGCAACGGAAGAGGUCUACCACAUCAUGUUGAACUGUUGGAAUGUGAAUGCGGAAACGAGGCCAACGUUCAAUGAUUUGGAAGAGAAAUUCGGUAAAAUACUCAAAGAUGGACAGGCUGAGCACUACAUUGACUUAAAUCAACAGUACGUUGCAAUGAAACCCAAUUAUUUCCAGCAAAGCGAAACCGAUUACAAAGCGUUACUGGAAUCACCGGAAACAAUGGCCCCUCUUUACACAGCGAUGAAACCAAUUUUUGACAAACAGUAAAUCGAACGAGCGACUAAAUGCAACCGCAAGUCGUCCGAGCAAAAUAAAACAAAAAUUUGUUUCUUUCGGAAUGAACAAUAAAGUAGAACAGAGAC